CCUCCUGGUCUUGUGUUCCUUACAGCAUCUGUCUUCUCAAAGCCUUGCUCCAGUCUACAAAGAGGAUUCAGCACUUGAAGAAAAAAAAAAUGUGUGACCAGCAGAAGCAGCCCCAGUUCCUGCCAUGCUGUGUGAAAGGCUCAGCUUCAGGGCCCAUCCAAACUACCCAAGGCCCAGCUCCUUGCCAGGCACAGGUUUCCUAUGGGAGUGGACCAGAGCCAUGCCAGUCUAAGACUUCCUUUGUAAAAGGAGCCUCUUCUAUCUUGCAGAAAGGCCAAUCUAAGAGUUCUUGUGUGAAAUGUCCACCUCCAUGCCAGACUACUUAUGUCAAAUGCCCAGCUCCAUGCCAAACUACCUAUGUGAAAUGUGCACCUCCAUGCCAGACUACCUAUGUGAAAUGUCCAGCUCCAUGCCAAACUACCUUUGUGAAAUGCCCACCUCCGUGUCAGACUACCUAUGUGAAAUGCGCUCCUCCGUGUCAGACUGCCUCUGUGAAAUGUGCUCCUCCAUGUCAAACUACCUCUGUGAAAUGCCCAGCUCCAACCCAGGUACAAACCAAUGUCAAAUGCCCAGCUCCAUGCCAAACGCAGUCUUCUGUCAAAUGCCCAGCACCUUGCCAGACACAGACUUACUACGUGCAGGCUCCCUCUGUCCAGUACUUGGCACCACAGUACAUGGUGCCAUCUUCCUACUAUGUUUCCAAUUCCUGUGGCACCACUUCCUGCCCCACGGCUCCGAUAAGCUUUGGAGUGAGGCCUUUGAGGCGCUGGAUUCGUGGGCCCCAGUGCCGUGAAAGAAACAUAGGCUGUUGUGAGAAUUCUGGCUGUUGUGAGGAUUCUGGCUGUUGUAGCUCUGGCUGUUGUAGCUCUGGCUGUUGUAGCUCUGGCUGCUGUUUGGGAAUCAUUCCCAUGAGAGCCUGUGGCCCUGCCUGCUGUGCCAAUGAUGAAGAUGACUGCUGCUGUUAGGAUCCAACCUUCACUGCCAUCUCCUUCUGCUAUGUCCCUAUUCUCUACCAGCUGGCUCUUGCUCCACAAGAGUAAUCCUGGUCCUCUCAUCCUCAGUCCUACCCAGUGAUCCUGAAACCACAAUGGUUGGAAGGAGAAAGGGAAUAAGAAACUCCUAACAUGUUCUCUGUGCCAUGCUUGCUUCUUUUAAAAGGCUGCCUGCUAGAGUUAGAUCAAAAUAACAAAAACUUGUGCAACAAUAAAACUGAGAAUGCAACUUA